UUGAAGACGAUGCGCAGUGCAUACAGAAAUGUAGGCAGGAGUUUCAGUCAGUCCAGAAUGGAUCUCUACUCAACAUUCAGCAGUGACCUGGAAAACAUCUACAAUUUGGCUGAUUACCUUUUAAUGCAUUCCAGCAAUUCCUCGAAUGGCUCAGACAUUGAGAGUGACGGUUCUAGGAGUGAAGAAAAUAAAAAGAAACAGAGGGAAAUCAGUCGAGAAUCGAACCUGCUCAAAUUCGUCCUCAACAUUGCGCCUUCAAUCUGCGGUCGAACUAGCGACGACUUCAUGGACGAAGUGUUCCCGAAUAAAGUGGACCGGGCAUUUCUGCACCACUCGCUUGAGAAACUGGAGAUGAAUUACGAGAUGAUCAAAUUCUCAGAGGCGGGAAUCAUGCUGCUGAGGAACAACCCACACAUUCUGUUCGCUCCCAACACCUCAGCUAAAGUGCAGUCGGUGAUUGCGAAUGCAAACGAAAGCUUCGCAAUUGUGGACACGAUUACAAAUUACGCGCAGCAUUGGCUCGCCAAUUCGGAGAGACUUCGAAGUUCCGUAAUUCGGUCCAAGUCGUUUCAGUCUAGCUAUAUUUUCUCACAGUCAAUUGCGAAGAAAGACGAACUCUGCGACCAGUUAUUUUUCAUGUCAUCCUUUACAUGUCUUUUGAGGAAAACCGGUCUCUCUGGAGGCAAAAAGACGACAGUAGUUGAAAAGAGUCAAAUUCCGACAUGGCUUGAAGAGUCAAAGAAAAAAGCGACUAAUUUGUUUGAGAUUUUGGAAUUGAAACUAGACAGAAUUGACGAAGCUGCAAAUCGUUGGCUGUCUUUUUCUACCAAUGUUUCGCUCAAUGUUUGGAAAGGUUUCAAAACAGAAUACGACGCGGAGUCCUAUUUCAAAACUAAAGCGUACCACGAAAAAGUAGGAGUUUUGGCUAUAGUUGCUUUCGAGACAGAUGAAAAGGGGGACUUGGGCUCAAAUGUGAGGUACAAAAUAAGACAAAACAGUACACUUAUUGCGAGUCCUACUCACGAGGAACUGCCUCCAUUUUGGACCCCGACUAUGAGACCAGACAUGAUAGCAGUGAGAAAAUACUUCAUAAACGGGUUUGUGAUUAUCCAGGACAUAAUUGAGAGAUCAAUUAUGGAAGUGGUGACUAAUAAGACAAUCAGAGAACCAGGCUUGCAUCUUGCUACCUUCCCAGUCCCCUGCAACACACGUGAUCACUUUCUGUUCACAGUCAGUUAUGUAAUGCCUCUAUGCAUGACAGUUGCUUGGGCUUACUCUGUGGCCAUGUUGGUGCAAUAUAUAGUGUACGAAAAAGAACAGGGCCUGAAAGAAGUGACGCGUUUGAUGGGCUUGUCAAAUGCAGUUCAUUGGGUCGCAUGGUUUAUAAGUGCAUUUAUCCAGAUGCAAGUCAUAGCAGUGCUAACGACUCUCAUUCUGAAGUUGGGCAACGUGCUUCCACAGUCCAAUUUCUUCCUUAUAUGGGCGUUUUUAACUCUGUAUAAUAUCGCCAACAUUAUGUUUUCGUUUCUUGUCUCAGUUCUGUACAGUAAGGCCAAAGUAGCUGCAGCAUGCGCGGGAAUCAUUUACUUUUUAACAUAUGUGCCAUAUUUGUACCUGUCAAUCAUGGAAGAUUCCCAUCUUCUAGGUCGAAAAGUGUCUCGCUACAGCAAGUAUAUGGCUUCCCUGUGCUCCACGACGGCAUUUGGUCUAGGCGCCAAGUACUUUGCAGUUUACGAAGUGCAGGGCACGGGUGUUCAGUUGGAGAACUUGGGAUUUAGCCCUUUUCAGAAUGACACGUUCAAUUUAGCUGAUGUUGUCAAAAUGAUGAUCAUCGAUUCUGUUUUAUAUGCCUUGCUGGCAUGGUACAUUGAAGCUGUUUUUCCUGGUAAUUUUGGGCUCCCAAGGCCUGUUUAUUUUCCCUUCACAAAAUCCUACUGGUUUCCAAAGCGACGUAAAAGCUUAGGAACGUCCGAAGCGGCGAUAAAAGACGGAUAUUUGGAUAAUAACCACGUUCCGGAGACCGAUUUGGAUGAAACAGAAAACAGAAUUCUGGAAGAAGAACCAACAGAUUUGCAGUUGGGAGUCUCAAUCAAAAAUUUAAGCAAAUCGUUCAAGCUGAGCUUGAAACCAGCCGUGGACAAUUUAAGUUUAAAUUUGUACCAGAGUCAGAUAACGGCUCUUUUGGGUCACAACGGUGCGGGUAAGACAACUACAAUGAGUAUUCUGACAGGCAUGAUUCCAGCAUCUAGCGGAACUGCUUCUGUUUAUGGAAAUAAUAUCCAAGACGGAAUGGACCUGAUUCGCAAGAGUUUGGGGAUGUGCCCACAGCACAACGUCCUCUUUGAAUCUCUGACUGUCGAGGAGCAUCUUUGGUUCUACGCUUCACUCAAAGGAAUGUCCAACAAUGAUAUCUAUUACGCAGUCAAUACAUUGUUGCGUGACAUUGGAAUGGAGUUGAAACGAGUCGACCUGGUUGACUCUUUGUCGGGAGGCAUGAAACGAAAAUUGUCGGUUGCAAUCGCGUUCAUUGGAAAUGCUAAGUUGGUGAUUCUGGACGAACCAACCGCGGGCGUAGAUCCAUAUGCGAGACGGGCAAUUUGGGAUUUAAUUUUGAAGUUCAAGAAAGGUCGGACCAUUUUGCUUUCAACACAUUUUAUGGAGGAGGCGGAUUUUUUGGCCGACCGAAUUGCUAUCAUGUCGUCUGGAAAGCUUAGGUGCUGCGGAUCUUCAAUGUAUUUGAAGUGCAACUAUGGUAGUGGAUAUCAUUUGACAUUGGUUAAAGAUCGUCAACGUGUGACGAAGGAGCACACGCCUUUAGCUUCCCAACGUCAGAUUUCGACGAUCAGUGAAUCGAACUACACAAUUGAUUCAGACCUUAAUGGCAACAGUGCUAGCGGGGAUUCUUCAAUUUGUUCAUCCACGUUAUCUGGAUCUAUUGUCGCUUUCAUUGCGAAAUUCAUUCAAGGUGUUUAUCUAGACUGGGAAAGCAGCCGCGAGAUAUCGUUCACGCUACCAUACGCUCAAAGAAGUAAGUUUUCGCAGCUUCUUGAAGCACUGCAGCAAUCAACUAGUCAGCUUGGAAUCUUGAGUUUCGGAGUCCGGGAUACCUCACUGGAAGAGGUUUUCAUUAAGGCUAUUUGCGACAGUCAAGCUACGAUAAAUAGUAGUAAAGAAGAACGUUACAAGCAAAUAUUUAAUUGGUUCCACAGAAGAACAGCAAAAUUAACUAGUCCGAUAACGUCAACAGCAACGAGUCCUGUUGAUUCUAGUAAAACAGCGCCUGAAACAAAUAAUGGACAUCUGACGACACCUAAGAAAAAAAUAGCAAUUUUUGUUACAACUCCUGACAGUCAGGCUGAAAGCUCUUUAAAUGGAACUGUAAAUGAUGAAGUGUGCGGAGAAACGCCAAACAAAGAGCUAAGAAGGGGAAACUCGUUCACUGAAUUGUGUCACAAAGUGAAAGGAUAUCCAUCAUUGGCUGACGAGAACUCGCGCAGUUCCGACUCCUCGGAACCCUGUGGCAUCCACCCGAUGCUAAGUGUGUCGUACCUCUACGCACGACAGCUGAAAGCACUACUACACAAACGCUUCAUCUACGCACGUCGGAACCCAAAAGCCAUUUUCACUCAAAUUUUCCUCCCUUCGCUUUUUGUCAGCAUUGCAAUGACAGUCGCCUUUUACAGACCAACUUCAGGUAGCGAUCCGCCGGUUUUAAUGACCACCUCAAAUUAUCACAGAUACACUGAGUGGGGCAAGAAUAUAAUCCCAGUGUUUGUAAGAGAGUCUUCACCCGAAAGGCCAGCGCCUGAAGCUGUGAAAAUCUUGGACUCCAUAUUGCAACCCGCAGGACUCGGCAGUAGCUGUUUGGUUCUAGAAUCGUCCGCAAAUAUAUCCAUGCAAGAACUGUUGCCUCCAAAGUAUCCAAGAAAUGAAACAUUCAUUGAUUUUCUACCAAGGUGUUGGAAGGUGCGUAAAAACGAGUUCAGGCUAAACAGGGGUUACGUGCCAAUGAAUAUUCCGCAGACGUUUGAAACUUGGUACCCUCGGGAACGAGAACAGUUGCUAAAUUUUAUAGAUUCGUCAAUUGAACAAUGCAAAGACAUCGAUAACUACAAAUGCACUUGUAUAGCUGAUAACACCGGAAUGGAAUGUCACAGAGAAUUCGUCCAAAAACCAGGAACAAGAAAACACGAAAAAAGUUCGGCUGGUUUUGUUAGCAUGACGGGAGACGAAAUAGUUUUCAUUUCGACGCAAGAUGAAAAUGAUUUCCUUCUGACGACAUUUCAUGACGCCCAGCUAAAUAGAUUUGGAGGCUAUUCGAUUGGACGUUCAAGAAAUGACGUCAAUCUAGAGUUUUCUAGAACAUCGUCUGAAAACCUAAAAGCUUUAGUUAAACGAGAGGAACUGUACGUAUACUAUGAUCUGAAGCCUAAACAAGCAGUGCCAACUUAUAUAAAUGCAAUAAACAAUGCAAUUUUGCGCGCAAAUAUUGACCCGGACAUCCAAGGCAAUCCGAAUACUUUUGGGAUAACAUUGAUUAACCAUCCUUUGAACAAUACGAGGCUUAUGUCUUUGGAAUACUUUGAGACGGGAACUGAUGUGGUGAUCGCGUUGUUUAUAAUCAUAGCAAUGUCCUUUGUUCCGGCUAGCUUUGUGGUUUUUCUGGUAUCGGAAAGAUACUCUAAUGCCAAACAUCUGCAAAUGGUAUCAGGAAUGUCUCCUUUGAUUUUCUGGAUCUCGAAUUAUAUUUGGGACAUGCUCAACUAUUUAGUGCCUGCAUGUGCGUGCAUUCUCAUUCUUAUUUGGUUCGAUCUAGAUGCGUACACGUCGAAAGAGAAUUUGCCUGUGGUGAUUCUUUUGUUUCUUCUCUUCGGAUGGUCAAUUACGCCUAUGAUGUACCCUCCAUCAUUCCUUUUCAGCGUCCCAAGUACAGCUUACAUAGUCCUCAUCGUCGGCAACUUAUUCUUCGGCGUCACUGCAAUCAUGUCAGUGUUCCUACUGGACCGGUUUGUUCAAGAAGAUGAGCUUCUCAUGAACGUCAGAUAUGUCUUAGAGUACCUGUUUCUGUUGCUGCCAAAUUAUAACUUGGGAAGAUGUUUAGCCAAACUGGCAAUUAAUGAUGUGCAAAAUAAAUUCAAUAUUCAAAUUGGUCAGAAUCAAAGAAUCAUUUCAUCGUUAGACUGGAAAGUUAGCGGACAAGCUCUAACUGCGAUGGCUUUCGAAGGCAUGGGAUUUUUCAUUUUGACCAUUUUGAUCCAGUACAGAUUUUUUCUAAAUAAAAAGCGGCUACCAGUCACUUCGGAUCCGAUUGAACACGAAGAUGUUGAUGUUGCAGCCGAGCGAUCUCGGAUCCUGUCACCGAACUACAAGUCCGAAAAUGAAGACGAAGUUGUCUUUCAGAAUCUAUCUAAGGUCUACAAAAAGUCGACAACGAAUGUACUGGCGGUUGAUCGCAUCUGCUUGGGGGUUCCACAAGGCGAAUGUUUCGGACUCUUAGGAGUAAACGGAGCUGGGAAAACGAGUACUUUCGAAAUGAUAACGGGACACGCUUCGAUUUCUGCAGGCGACGCAACCAUUCACAACUACAGUGUCAUGCAUGACUUGAAGCAAGUUCACUCCGUGAUCGGAUAUUGUCCGCAGUUCGACGCUCUUUUUGCAGAGUUAACGGUGAAAGAGCAUUUGGAUCUAUACGCGGCCAUCCGUGGACUUAGUUCGGAGAGGAAGCGGGAAGUGAUUGACUGGGUUCUGGACACUAUCAGUUUGAGAGAUCACCAGUCUAAACAGACGCGCACUUUGUCAGGAGGCAACAAGAGGAAGCUGUCUGCAGCUAUUGCUCUGUUGGGGAACCCGAGAGUGGUGCUGCUAGAUGAGCCUACAUCUGGCAUGGAUCCAGUGGCCAGAAGGUUCUUGUGGGACCUGAUCAAAAGUGUGGUCAAGAGCGGGCACAGUGUCAUUCUCACAUCACAUAGUAUGGAAGAAUGUGAGGCUCUAUGCACCAGACUAGCCAUAAUGGUUAAUGGUCACUUCAAGUGUCUGGGCAGCUGUCAACACCUCGUGAACAGAUUUGGAGACGGAUACACGGUCAAUGUCAAGGUCACUGGAUUCGCAAAACAGCUCCGUAAUUUCCUUAGGUACUUCAACCGGCAGUACCCUACAGCUGUGAUCAUAGACAGACACCAGAAUCUGGUGCAGUACCAGAUAGCCUCCGACGCCUGCAAACUGAAUCUGGCUAAACUGUUCAACUUCCUGGAAGUGUGUGUGGCUGACUCCAAGGUCGAGGAGUACUCCAUCAGUCAGACCACGCUCGAAAGGGUGUUUAUUAACUUCGCGCGUGAACAAGCUGAUGAGGACAUUAAUAUACUGAGAGAGCCCCUCUGCCAACACAAGAGGACGCUGAGUGGUAUAUCUGACAUGGGCUCACUGGCCAGCGAGGGGGGAGCUGGGGGAGGGGGAGGAGAGAGUGAACCUGAGUUCGUCUCUCUGUCACCUACUGCCGACUUCAUCAACAAUCCCAACUCACCCCCGCCCACGCAGUCUUUUGCUCCAAACUCAUUUCUGGAUGAUUUGCACCUUGAUGAACUGCCAAUUGCAACAAACUACAACAACUACACCUCAGUGGCGCACACAACGGCUAACAGCACAUCCUGCUGAUCUAACUCAUUUUUAAAGCCCUCAUGGGGACAGCUUGAGCUUCUGGGCGAUUCUUCGGUUGAAGUUAUAACUGUUUUUUAAUCACUUAUUGACCAAAGCUGAGGUCAAAAUUCAUGAUGUCAAGAUUCGAAGGAGUAAUUAAACCGAAGAGUCUCUUUUUUUUUUGCUUUGUAUAGGACCCUUUUAAUAAUCAAAAAGUGCAAUUGUAUCGCUUAAUGGGUGCUCGGUUUUAUAGCAAUCAUCUCUCGAGAUUGGGCAAACACGAUAGGACAGUUCUUUCAGAAAUCAUAUCUAGUUUGAAGAGGUUUUUCUCAAUUUCCAGAAGAAAUUGUUUUAAGUGUUAAUGAAAGCAGUAAUACUCUUUAGGUCUUAAAUUCUCAAAUUUGGUUUUUCGUUGCUUUUUCAUUUCUUUUUAAGUUACUUCAUUUUCUUAGUAAAAAGGAAGGCAAACUUCACUACCAAACAGUAAAAGUAAAAAAAAAGUGACGAAAAUUGUGAAUAACUUAUUGAUUUCCCGCGGAGUAGAAAAAUAUUAAAUAAUCUAUUGAAAAACUGACCAUUGAUCCAGUUUUUCAAAUUGGGUUAUAAUUAUCAAAAACGCGUCAAUCAUAAAUUUUUAGUGGAAUUCGUAGAGCUGUAAGGGCAUAUAUUUUUUCAUUGAAGUUUGAAAGUUAAGAUUUUUGUUUCGGUUUCCUUGUGUUUAUUGACACUUUUCCAACUGUCUGUUGGCUAUGUUUACUUUUCUCCAGUGCCAGUAGAGUUUUUAUUUUCCUAAUUUGUGAUUACAUGCUUGUUGAAAAUGUAUGUUUAUGAGCUCAAAAUGAACUUCUCUUGAUUGUCCAAACUCAAUUUAAAAAGAAAUAUCUAUUAGAAUCUUUACAAAUUCUUUUUUUUGUAAUUUAUUGUCAUUGUGCUGUAUGAUUGUUCGCAUUAACAUAAAUAGCUAGUUUUAUUCGUAU